AUGUCCGGUGUCACUCCCGUCUCUGCUGCUGGUGCUUGCCCGCCUGCCGGCCCCUACUCCCAAGCCGUCAAGGCCAACGGCCAGAUCUUCGUGUCGGGCCAAAUCCCCUUCGACUCCAAGGCCCAGCUCGUCCCCGGCGGUAUCCCCGAGAUGACCCAGGCUUGCUGCGACAAUAUCAAGGCUAUUGUUGAGGCGGCUGGUUCGAGCGUGGAGAAGAUCUUCAAGGUCAAUGUCUUCCUCGACGACAUGGACAACUUCGCCGCCAUGAACGCUACCUAUGAGAAGUUCUUCACCCACAAGCCUGCUCGUAGCUGUGUGGCUGUUAAGCAGCUGCCUAAGGGUGUGCCUGUCGAGAUUGAGUGCAUUGCGCUGGAGUAG